AUGGUUUCUUCAAAAACACGUUUGGUUAUUGUAAAAAAGCGAAGAAAACGUUUUACUAGGCAUCAGUCGGACAAAUAUAAAUGUAUCUCACCAUCAUGGAGGAAACCUAAGGGUAUUGAUAAUAGAGUUCGACGUCGUUUUAAGGGACAAAUACCUAUGCCUAAUAUUGGAUAUGGAUCAGAUAAAAGAACUCGUUAUAUGCGACCUAAUGGAUAUUAUACGUUUCUUAUUAGAAAUGAGUCUGAUGUUGAUCUUUUAUUGAUGCAUAAUGAUGUUUAUAUUGGAGAGAUUGCAUCGAAUAUUUCUUCUAAAAAAAGAGUAAAUAUUGUUGAAAAGGCCAGAAAACUGGGUGUAAAAUUAACUAAUGGUCUUUCACGCAUUAGAUCUCAAGAAUAA